AUAUAAUUUCAAGGAAACUUGAUUCAACUGUGUUUUUUGUUUUGUUUUGAGAAAAUAGUAAGAAUUUUACAAUGGUGGGACGUAUAGCAGUAAACGCAGAGUACUUGAAGGAGAUAGAGAAGGCUCGUCGAGAUCUUCGUCAUCUUAUCUCCACCAAGAACUGCGCUGCUAUCCUGCUUCGCUUGGCGUGGCACGAUGCUGGAACUUAUGAUGCUAAGACCAAAACUGGCGGACCUAAUGGAUCAAUCAGGCACGAGCAAGAGCAAUCGCAUUCAGCAAAUAACGGUUUAAAGAUUGCUAUAGAAUUAUUGGAGGGAAUUAAGGCCAAGCAUCCUAAAAUUACAUAUGCUGAUCUUUAUCAGCUAGGUGGGGUUGUUGCAGUGGAAGUCAGUGGAGGACCCACUAUUGACUUUGUUCCCGGCAGAGAGGAUUGUAUAGAUUGUACAGGUUGUACCGAAGAUGGGCGCCUUCCUGAUGCAAAACAAGAAAAUAGUAAGAAUUUUACAAUGGUGGGACGUAUAGCAGUAAACGCAGAGUACUUGAAGGAGAUAGAGAAGGCUCGUCGAGAUCUUCGUCAUCUUAUCUCCACCAAGAACUGCGCCGCUAUCCUGCUUCGCUUGGCGUGGCACGAUGCUGGAACUUAUGAUGCUAAGACCAAAACUGGCGGACCUAAUGGAUCAAUCAGGCACGAGCAAGAGCAAUCGCAUUCAGCAAAUAACGGUUUAAAGAUUGCUAUAGAAUUAUUGGAGGGAAUAAAGGCCAAGCAUCCUAAAAUUACAUAUGCUGAUCUUUAUCAGCUAGGUGGGGUUGUUGCAGUGGAAGUCAGUGGAGGACCCACUAUUGACUUUGUUCCCGGCAGAGAGGAUUGUAUAGAUUGUACAGGUUGUACCGAAGAUGGGCGCCUUCCUGAUGCAAAACAAGGUGUAGCACAUAUAAAGGCUGUCUUUUAUCGGAUGGGUCUAUCUGACAAGGACAUUGUUGCACUGUCCGGUGGCCACACAUUGGGGAAAGCACAUGCAGAAAGAUCAGGCUUUGAGGGCGCCUGGACAAAGGAUCCUGCAAAAUUCGACAACACAUACUUUGUGGAGCUUCUGAAAGGAAAUUCAGAGGAACUGUUACAACUUCCAACAGAUAAGGCUUUACUGGAGGAUCCAGAGUUCCGCCGCUAUGUGGAGUUAUAUGCAAAGGAUGAGGAUGCAUUCUUCGCAGAUUAUGCAGUAUCACACAAGAAACUUUCAGAGCUAGGCUUUAAUCCAUCUCCCCUGGGUUCUAAGGGCGCUGUGAAGAACUGUACUGUAUUGGCACAAGGUGCUGUGGGAGUUGCAGUUGCUGCAGCCGUGGUGAUCUUCAGUUACUUUUAUGAAGUUCACAGAAGGGUCAAGUGAAGAACUUUUAAGUUUUAUCCGUAUCACAUGGAAUCCAUGUUGGAAAUUUCACCAAUAAGUUUCUUGAUUGAACAUGAUGUUACUGGCAAGUCCUAUGAGAGGAAGCAUUUAUGUCUUUCACUUUGAUUUGAUAAUAAAUGGGUCUUUUAUGUGGAAUGAUCA